CCUAUCGACAUAAUAGCAACCUACAUUAUUCACGGAGGGAAUUUCGGCUUCCUGCUUUCUCUGACCGCCAUGAUCCGCUAUGUCACCGCCGCUCUUCUCAUCGGUCUGUCUUUUGGACAGCGCCAAGACUUUGCGUUUCAAGACUGCGGUAGCAAGGCAGAAAUUCAAGUGGCCCAGAUCGAACCGUGCGACUCCGACCCGUGCAUACUCAAGCGCGGUUCUACAAGCAAGAUCCACUUUUCAAUCAUCGCCGACCAAGACAGCGAUACGGUAGUCCUUGACGCCAGGUUCAAGAUGUUCGGCAUGAUGAUGCCAAUCCCGGGGCUGGAGAAGGACUUGUGCAAAAGCCUAGUGCAGUGUCCCAUUGUCAAGGGAGAAGAGUACGGCGGCACGAUGGAAGUGUCGAUCCCCUUCUUCGCGCCCUCCAUGAAAAGUACGGUCCAACUCAAGAUAGUCGGCGACGAUGGUGUGAGCGUCUGCAUCAGGACGAAUGUCGUCACUCAGUGAACACAAAAAGUGCUCGUUCUUCGCACGAAGUGGGAUGCCGUACCAAAGUCUCGACAGAAAGGAAUCGACAGCGACGUGUAGUGGCAGCUUUCGUUGCUGUUUUUACGAAUUUUUGCUUAGUCUCUUCAUAUAAGGCACCACCGCAUGGGCUGAAUAUUCAGCUAUAAUAAUUAUCAUCGUGGGCGUCCUCGCCAGUUAUAAUAAAAAUCCUCGCGCGAGACCAUGCCCCGUUUACAGGAGACCUCCGGGAUAAUAUGCACCUAAGACAAUCCGGUGAACUUAGCAGCAACCACAAAAAAAGAGAAAGAAAUGACCGUAAAUUGCAUUGGA